UGGGGUUAAACAACCGCAUUCGAAAACAGUAGAACCCCACAAACAAACAAACACAGAAAAAUUACCUCCGAUCGCCAGACCGAAACCAACUCCGUUCCGCGCUCUCCGCGCUUCCUCCGAAUCCAAAAUCCAAACCAACACCAUGAUGUGGGACGAAUUCGACCGGCAAGAUUUCGCUUUUGGAAACCAAGACACAGAACGAGAAGAAGAACACGACUCUUAUCUCAACUUCGACAUCUUCUCCGCUCUGUCCAAGCUCAAGGAUUACUAUGGGGUAUUGGAAGUGGAUUACGAUGCUACGGACGACGCCAUUCGAUCGAACUAUAUCCGUUUAGCUUUGAAAUGGCACCCGGAUAAGCAAAAAGAUCAGGAUAGUGCUACUUUGAGAUUUCAAGAGAUAAACGAGGCUUAUCAGGUGCUGAGUGAUCCUGUCAAAAGGCGAGAAUACGACAAGAAAGGGAUGCCGUACGUGUACGAUUACAAUAUCAUUGAGUACCUUAACCGUUACAAAGGCCUUAUAUUAACGUGCAAUGGCCUUGGGCUGAAGCAUUCAAUAUGGUAAUUAUGAAAUGUGCACAUAUACUCUUCUUGGUGCAUCAAUCAUGAUCCUUCUUCUCGUGCUGCGUUCAUGUAUGGUACUGCAAGCGGCAUAAGUUGGUUUGAGGACUGAUCAUUUUCGAUGUAAUAGCCAGCUUAAAAUUUACUUUGUUAAUGUGUAUAUGGAAUAUGACUAAGCUUAUCUUACCAUUGUAGUAUACCAUCUGAAGUUGGCUCUCAAAUCCCUGGAUGGGUUGUAUUUAGAAUUUUUGAUAAAAUCUGUCACCCUUGUUACCGUUUCA